UCCGUGAGCCGAGGCUGAGAGUGCUUCGAAAGGGAGAAGAAGCGUUAGGCUAGUUUUCAUGUGGCUGUUACACAAAUGUAUCCUCGGGUUUUUGUGAAGUAACUAACUUUACUUUUUGGCGAGACGCUCGGAAACGUAAUAACAGUUAACGUCGUAGGAACACAAUUUACUGGAAUCCAGCCGCUCGUCGCACUUUCAACAUUCGUGGUAAGCAUGGCGCUGACUCUGUCCUCCCCGUGUGGAUAUCCCUUUGACGAGGACGAGGAAAUGGCCGUCUUUGAGUCGACGGCAGAGGAGCACGGAGGCCCGUCUAGACCGCGUCUACCUGAGAUCUCGGUCAUCUCCCCCGGCCUGGACACCCGGCCUUCCAUCGCAGACCCAAAACCGUCAGCGAAAGCUGCAGCGGCGAGACAGGGUAGUUGUGACGAAGAGAGGGUGAAGGUCUUCCUCCGCAUCCGGCCGCUUACUGAGACGGAGCGUCAGAGGGGAGAAGAACAGGGCUGUGUGGCUGUCCAAGACGAAGAGGCACUGCUGCUCAAAGCGCCCAAAGAAUCUCAGAACAUGAGGACGGCGGAGAGGGGCAUCACCCAGAGCAUGCACAAGUUCAGCUUCUCAAAGAUCUUCGGGCCAGAGACCACGCAGCAGCAGUUUUACGAGUGCACGAUGAAGACGAUGGUGAAGGACGUGCUUCAGGGAGAAAACAGGCUCCUCUACACUUACGGCGUCACCAAUUCUGGGAAGACGUACACCAUACAAGGCAGCGGCCUCGAGGCCGGCCUCCUGCCCCGGGCUUUGGUGUCCCUGUUCAGGAAACUGCAGGGUCGCCUCUACGGCGCCAUGGACCUGAAGCCGGUCCUGUACCAGGACGUGAGGCGGCUCGACUCCGGAGAGAUCAGGAUGGAGGAGAACCGCCGAAGCGCUCUGCUUAAAGAGAAUGAGAAUACGACUUCACGUCGAGCCGGGAACACGUCGACCUGGGACAGCGGCAUCGGAGGACUCUCCUCCACGAGCAACGUCGCCACCCAGCUGGAAGACCUCGACAGCGUGUGUCUGGAGCCCGACGGCCUCUCCCACAGCGGCGCGGACGAGCUGGCGGACGGCGUGCGGUUCUCCGUCUGGGUCGCCUACUACGAGAUCUACAACGAGUUCCUGUACGACCUGCUGGACGCGGCGCCGAGCGCGCAGCCGCGCAAGAGGAUCACGCUGCGGCUGAGCGACGACCAGCAGGGAAACCCCUACGUGAAGGACCUCGCCUGGAUCCAGGUCCGCAGCGCCGAGGAGGCGUGGCGGAUCCUGAGGGCCGGGCGCCGCAACCAGAGCUUCGCCAGCACUCACCUGAACCAGAACUCCAGCCGCAGCCACAGCAUCUUCUCCAUCCGCGUCCUGCACGUCCGCCCGGAGGCGGAGUCGACCCACGCCACGCACAUCAGCGAAUUGACUGUGUGUGAUCUGGCCGGGUCCGAGCGCUGCAAGGAGCAGCGUAACGGCGAGCGGAUGAAGGAGGCCAACAACAUCAACACCUCGCUGCUGACGCUGGGGCGCUGCAUCGCUGCUCUGAGGCACAACCAGAACAACAAAUCGCGGCCCCCUCAGGUGGUGCCCUUCAGGGACAGUAAGAUGACCCGGGUCCUGCAGGGUUUCUUCUGCGGCAGAGGGACGUCCAGCAUGGUGGUCAACAUCAACCCGUGCGCCUCAAUCUACGACGAGACGCUCCAGGCACUCAAGUUCUCCGCUAUCGCUACUCAGCUGGUCCACGGCCCGUCCACAAAGACCCGGGUGGCCUACAUCCUGGCACUUCUGCGCGAGCCGGCAGCGGGCGGUAACGACAGCACGGCGCUGGAGGAGAGCGAGGAGGAGAGCGAGGUGGAGGACGGAGACAUCACCAUGUUGAAGACGGAGGCGCUGCUGCAGGCCAUCGACGUGCUGAAGAGGGAGGUGCAGCGGCAGCGAGAGGAGAAGGAGGCGCUGGAGGCCGGCGUGAGGGAGGAGGUGGUGUCGGAGAUGAUGGAGCUCAUCUCUGGGAUGCAGGACGGAUUCAGUGAGACCUUGGAGGCGGAGAGGACUCUGAUCGAAGAGCGGUACGAAGACAAGAUAACCAUCAUCCAGAAACACCUCAAGAUCUUCUACAGGCAGGAGCUGACGGAGCGCGACCAGGAGAUCGAGGCGUUGUCCGCGGCGCUGGAUCAAAACAAGGCGGCUGACCCCGAGGGUCCUCGCCGCUCCCGCCGCCUCACCGCUCAGGCGGAGAGCGGCCGGCUGCGUGGCGAGCUCGACCAGUGUCGCGGCGAGCUGCUCGCCAAGACUCGAGAGCUGACGGCGCUGAAGACGCAGCUCGCCGUCCCGGGUUCCACCGUCACCAUCACCAACGCCGCCGACCGCAAGCUGGAGGAGGGUCAGCGGAACCUGCGUCAGCUGCGCCUGGACCUGCAGCGGCUCGGCGCCGACCUGCAGUCGGGCGAGCGGGCCUGCUGCCGCAACACGGGGGGGGAGCGGCUGCGGCAGGCGCUGGCGGCCGCCGACGAGACGCUCGCCCAGCAGGACCAGAUCCUGCUGGACCUCCAGAACGGCUUCGUGAUCGUGAAGGCCGACUUGAGGCGCAAGGCUCUGGAGAGCCUGUCCCAGACGCACGCCACCACCCUGCCCCCGCCGCCGCCCUCCUCGGGCCACGCCCCCUCCCCCACGCCGGCUUCCUGCCAGAAGAGGGGCUGCCCCGCCCCCUCCCCAGCUAAAGACGCAGAGAACCGGCCGCCGACGGAGAAGAGGCCCUUCUUCCAGUCCCUCUUCCCACCGCACGCCCCAACCGCAAAUACAACACUCGGGCCUUCGAGGAAUCGAACGCCACGCCGUCCUCGCGCAUCCUGCGUUCGCGCCAGCAGUCGCCGCCCCGCGGCCCCUCCCCCCUCGCGUCACGCGGCCCCGCCCCCCUCACGCCCCGCGGACUCCGGGGGAUGUACUGAGCGCGUUGGAGGGCGUCCUCUUUGGUGUUACGCAGGAAAAAGAAAAGCAAAAAAGUUGUAACGGUUUUAUUCGCUUGCAACUUUUUUUAUUAUUUUAUUUUAUAUAUUCAAUUUUUUUGCAGUGAAGUCGAGUCGCCGACCACAAGAUGUGAUGCCAGUAAAACGGUUUAAACUUUAAAAAGGCUUUCAGCUCACUACGAGGUGAGGCAUGGAGGUGUGUGUGUCUCUCGUCGGCCUACUUUCUGUUUUCUACAAUAAAUGUAUAUAUGGCGACGUGGUCUUUGACGUCAGCGCCAAAGCUUUUUAUUUCUCAUACUGCACAAUUUUAAAUGAAAAGAUGUCAGUUUAGUUCUAAUAAAACAUUUAAUAAAAGCCUUAAUGACAUGUUGUACUAUAACAAUGUGUAUAUAAUACUUUUUUAAAUUGUUUUAAUGACGUACUAAACUUGUUAUAUAUUCUUGACAAGUCUACUAUUCUGGCACACUGAAUAGAUUCCUCUUCAUUACUAUUUACUUUAUUUCAGAAGAUGAUCAAGUGAGAAUUGUUUUUAAUAACAUUUUAAUUGUUAUAGACUUCAUUCUGAUUGUUUUUAAACUAAACUUAGUUAAAAUUAAAUGUAAUCGGCAUAAUUUGUGACUAACUACAUUUGUAUGUUUUAAUGACGUACUAUUCCAGGGCUUAGAAGAUUCGUGUUUUUUUAACAUUACAUUAAGUAAACUGAAUUUAAAGCUCCAGGAAAAUUCUGUUAUUUUUUACAUAAAAAACAAAAAAGCUU